AGGAAGCUGAGAAGCCUCAAGACGACUGCUGACGCACCUGACUUGAUUCCCAUGGCUCCCAAAACCGCGCCAAAGGCUGAGGCCAAACCCAAGGCAAAAGCUGACGCGAAGGCAAAGGGAAAGGCCAAGGCGAAGAAGGAGGAGGCGCCAGAGGAGGAGAAGAACAAGGUGCCCCAGCCUGAUAAGGCCGAGCACGAUGCCAAGGUCCAGAAGGUUCAGGACGAGAUUGACAAGCUGACCAAGAAGCAGAAGGACUUAACCGAGAAAAUCCAGCAGCGUUCCAGUGGAAAGGAGGAGUUCUAUGCCAAGAAGACCGAGCUACGCACACAGCUGGAUGAGUUCACUGCGAAGAUGGAUGAACUGCAGGCCAAGAAGGAGGACAUCGACAAGGCCGUUGGCAGCAAGCGUGAGGAGGGCCGUGAGAUGCGCUCGCAGCUGAACACGAUGAAGAAGACCAUCGGCUACAAAAACGAGCAAGAGAUCGACAACCGCAUCGCCAGCAUUGAGUUCCAGCUUUGCACUGAGUCGGUUCCCCUCAAGGAAGAGAAGAAGCUGUUGGCCGAGAUUGCGCUGCUGAAGAAGAACCGCUCCAAGGUCAGCACGGUGCAGCAGAUGGAACAGACCUUGGCGACCUUUGAUCCUGGCAUGUCCAUGAAGGAGCAGAAGGCGGCCAUCAAUCAGGAGAUGCAGCAGUACCGUGAGGAGAAGAAAAAGAUCCAGGAAAAGAUGUCGGAGUUGCAAGAGAGCCGCAAAGCGCAGCUGGGUGACAUGUCAGACAUCAUUGAGAAGCGUGAUGCGUUGGGCCGUGAGAUCCAGGAGAAGUACAAGGAGAAAAGCGAGAUCCGUGACGAGUUCCGCCAGAAGGAACGCGAGUACAAAGCCUACAUCGAUGAGCAGAGGAAGGCUCGCCAGGAGAAGAUCAUGGCCGAGAAGGCCGAGCGCCAGAAGGAGAUCGACCUCCGCCGCAAAGAGCGCCAGGCGAAGGAGUUGGACAUCCAGCCCUACAUUUCCGAGAUGACCCUCAUUGAGCAGACCAUCCUCUUCUGCAAGAACCUGGUGCAGACGAAGACCGAGGAUAAGAAGGACGAGAAGAAGGAGGUUGUUCACAACAACCCCGAGGGCUCUGAGGUGCUCCUCCGGAAAGAGGACCGAGACGAGGAGUUCUACUUUGCACCCACCAAGAACAAAAAGAACAAGAGCAAGGCCAAGAGCAGCAGUGAGCCUGCUGCCAAGCCCAUCAAGCACAAUGCCAACACCUUCAGCCUGUUCAAGCAACUUGAGCUGGAUGCUCCCCUUUCCACGGAUGAUGUCCCACUCCUUCUGGAGAAGUUGGAUGCGAUGCUGGAGGACUACAAAGUGAAGGUGAAGGAGUGGGAAGCGACCAAAGAGGAGCAGAAGAGGCGCAUCAUGGAAGGCUUGGCAGAAAUCGAGGAGAAAAAGGCGGCCAGGGAGGCUGAGGCAGCUGAUGAGGAGGCUGAGGAAAAAGAGGAGAAGGAGGAAAAGGAGGAGAAGGAAGAAGGCAAGGAUGAAAGCAAAGAGGAGGAGGCUGAAGAGUGAGGUUUUGGACAGUCAGGUGCAAGUCAGACAGGAGGCCGGUGGUCGUUUGAACCAGACGACGAGACAUCUUUGAGCCCGCCGGACCUUCUCAGAGCAGAACUUGAGGCAAAAGAGCUGCGUCAACAUGUUUCUUGUGUCCAUUGGCCUUACGGAUGUCUACACAUGUCAUUUGCUGGAAUCAAGUAGUGUUUGAUUUGUGCGGAG